AUGAGCUCUAGAAAGCAAGAAGCCAAUGAUGUGCAAUGCCUAAGCGAUCUUAAGAGAAUUGCUAACGAAUUCAAUAAAUCUAAGCAUGUGGAUAAGGAUGUUGUGCGAAAAUUUUUUUCGGGUUUCAGAUAUUUAACGAUAUGUUUAGAACUCGAAGAACGUGACAUAUUUGAAUGCAUAAUUAAUUGGUGUCGUUUAUACGCAAGAAUUCCUUUCUAUAUUGAUCCAUUGAAUGAAAAACUUCAGCGGAUAUAUGAAGACUCUAUACCAAUGGUUUUCCCCCACAUAAUUGGUUAUUUACCAUAUUCAGUCCGUAAUAUCGAAACUUAUCAUUAUAAGCUAUUGGAAACUAUGGAUACACUAUUGCGAAAUGCUUCAUUUACUGCUUUGCAAGAAAUAGGAAAUUUUAGGCCCGGAAGCAUUGCUGGCUUACAAUACCCUAUAGAAAAUGCUGGUGAUUUCAAUACUCAAUUACUAGCAUUAAAAUUGAUGACAAGACUUUUAAAGUACGCUGAUAUUGAGAAACAAAAUCAAGAAUUAAAGAACGUUCCUUGGUUUAAUAUAAAACUGAUCGAGAAUGAUUUGAGUGCGGUGAUAAAAGAAGCCAAUCGAGGACAAUUUGAAAAUGUGGCUCGAGGGCUUCUAAACAAAUUCAACAUGAACUUGACAAUGCUGCCUCAUAAAGUCUAUUCAUUAUAUUGCGAUUACUUGUGCUUUCAGAAAAAUUUCGAUUUUUAUAAACCUCUGAAUUGCGAUAAAUUUUGGAUAAAUUUCAACUAUAGUCCUCGUACACUAUCAUUUAUUGGUCAUUAUAAGAAGUUGAUAAAAUCAGGCUUUGAUACAGUGCACGUGACUGUAAAAAUUACUGCAUUAAAUUUAGAAAGAAAAACUUUAAUUGUCCAUUAUACUGAACCUGUGCGAUUGUCCAAGUAUUCAAAUGUAUUGGAAGAAUUGAAUGGUUACAAAACCAUAUGCCUAUUUUUGUCAGAUGAGGAAGUGACCCGAUUAAAAUGUAAUCGUGAUUUUUUUGAUCACUUUAAUGAACAUGAAUACGUUAAUGAUCAUAACAGCGUAAAUACACAUUGCAGUAGUGUAUCUCAAGAAUCUUCAUCGAGACAAGGAGAUUUUUCUAAUAAGUUUCGAAAAAGUUUGAAUUUAUUAAUUGGUGAAGCCAAUGACAACAACAGCUUAAUACCAGUGCCUACGAUGCAGUCAGUGAAGGCAAGAUCUGAACCAAGGUUUCAGCAACCAAUGGAUAUAAUUGAUGCAAUCGAAACCCCAAAAACAUCAAAAUUAUCGAAUACUAAUGUAACGAAAAGUCAUUCUAUGCAACGACUACAUAGCAACAGUAAAAAUUCGGCAUCAAUUAAAAAUGCUACAACAAUGAGAAAAAAAUCAACGGAAGCAGCAAAUUCAAGUACAUUAGCUUCAACAUCAAAAUCGUUCGUUCAACCCGUAGAACUGGUAAACUUAAAUCGCUCGGAGAGGACACGAAAAGUUUCAACAUAUAAUGAUAUAAGCAAUUAUGAGCCCAUUAACAGCACUGAGUUUAUUGAGCUGAUGUCUAACGAAUUGUUUAAAACAAAUAAGGAUAAUAAUAUAGCAGAAGCGGCAAAUUGGAAAGAUCGUGGGGCUGUUAAUAAGAGUUCAAAUAGUGGAGUAAAUGAAUCGUUGCAAGUCCCACCGAUAAAAACAAUCAGGAAACGAAAAGCGAAAGCAAUGAAUAACAUACCUAAGAAGAAGGAAACCAUCCAAAACGAUGAGAAUAAAUCAGCCGCAGUUAGCGUUACGUCAACUUCUAGCGAAAUACGAAAUAUUUUAUUGCGGCAAAAAACGUACCUUAGCAGUGCGAAAGACAAUGAUAUACAUAAUUCUAUAGAAAUGGAACUCAAUCUUAUAUACGACAUUGAUAAUCAAGGAACUAAAAGUGAUCCUUUACACUCAUCAAGCCCCUGCGUAUUGAGGAAUGACAUUAUUCAGACAUCGAAUCAAUUAAGCGAUCCGAUUAAUAUUUCGUUAAUACGUGAACCAAAAUCAGCUUUAUCCGAUACGUUAUCUUUACGAAGCAAUACUGAUAGGGAGCUGGCAGUGGAAUCGAUAAAUUUAUGGAAUGACGAGAUUGAUUUACAGCCGAUUAGCGACUUACGCUCGCUCACUUACGGUAAUAAUAGAAAUGAAGAAAAAGCCAAUAAUUCUGCACAAGUAGUCUAUGCAUCUGGCACUGGUUGUUUGGGCCAAAAAGAAGUCAAUAAUACAUUGAAAACUUAUGGAAAUAAAAUUUCUAAGCCCUUAUAUCCUUCGCAUUUACUAACCGAUGAGGAUUAUAUUAUCGAGAAAGUAAAACAAAUAACUAAAAAAUUAUUAAGUGAAGCAGGGACUCAACGCGUCAAAAUGAAAGAAGUAAAAAGCCGUGUACAAUAUUUAGUUAGAAAUCUAGAAGGCGAACUAAAAACUUAUACUAAUCGCUUUGAACGCUUUAAGAGAUUUGAAGCAAACAUCAAGCAAUCGUUAAAUGAUUUAUAUAAAAGGGACUCUUCUACGAGCGCUAAUAAAUCGAUUGAAUAAUAUUUAGUUUGUCUUAUGUCAUUUAAAUAAUUUAAUAUUCAUUUGAAUAAAUUUAAAACAUACCAUAGAUAGUGCAAACUCAAUAUGAAAAAAGUCUUCAAGGCCGAACCUACCUUUACCGUUUUAUCACAAGCAUUUACCGGGUGAGUGGUAGGUAAGAUAGAUAAGAAUCGCUAAUGUUAAUGGGUUGAAAUCUCAGCG